CCAUCAACCCCUCGUUCUGCAAUUAAAGAAAUACAUGGUGGUCUUCACGUACAUCUAUAUCCAUAAGGAAUUUAGUUGCUCACACGUUGUUCACCAGAACCCACAAAAAUUUUUUUUUCCCAGAAACUCACAAUUUCAUGAAAUUAUAUAUAGCUGCUCUAAGCACUUCAUUCUCUUCAUCCUUCCUACACAACUUUUGUCUCAGAGAGCUGUUGUGAUCUCUCGGGGGUAAUGGCAAACCAACAACAGCUCAUGGCAGUUUUCUCAUUCCUUCUCCUACUUGCUUUGGCUUCCACUUCUGUAGCUGCUGAUGAAGAAAACUCAUAUGCAGAGACCAAGAUAGAUGUGGCUGUAGAAGGCACAGUUUACUGUCAGGGCUGUACGCACCAUGGGACAUGGUCAUUGGCUGAUGCCAAGCCAAUCCCUGGUGCAAAAGUAAGUAUUAUUUGUAAAGAUUAUAAGAAUCGUGUGAGCUUCUACAAGGUUUGUACAACUGACAAGGAAGGAUACUUCUAUGAGGCCCUUCAAGGUUUCACACUGAAACAUAUUAUCUUGGAUCAUCCCCUCCAUGGAUGCACUGUGCACCCUGUUUCGUCUUCCCUUCCCAACUGCAGACUUGUCACUAAUGUCAACUAUGGUCUUGAUGGCGCACCGUUCCGUUACGAGGACAAGAGAUUGUUUGGAACAAACUAUGAGGUUGUGGUGUAUACUGCUGGUCCAUUAGCUUUCCGCCCUGCCCAUUGCCCUCCAAAGAGUCACUACUGAUUGUAAUCUUUUUUAUUUCUCAUAUAUUAUCACAUGUCAAAGAGUUGAGAUUUUUCUUCUUCCUGUUAAAAGUGUUGUACAACAAACUAUUUCCCACUGAAAAUACACCUCAAUUUCUCUUUCUA